UGUUAUCGCGUUUUACAUUACAAAGACAGUUGUGUUUACUUAUUGCCAUGGACGCCUCGAACUACGACAAAUGGUGAACAUGUCAAGCAUACAAAAAUGCCAACACAGAGUAAGAAAUCAGUGUCGAUAACAACCUCCGAGAGACCUGCGAAACCGAAAAAGAAGAAGAAAAAAGAAUCUGGUAGAAACAGUAGGAAUUCCUUUAGUAAAACCCCCACAUCGGGAGUUGACAGCUCCAGUGAAGGAACCCAUCAAAAGUCAAGAACGAAGUCACGCUCAGAUACAAGUGACGUUACCGAAGGGAAAGUUGUGAGCAUUGUAAGUUCAAAGUCAUUUUCGUCGAGGACAGAAAACACGUCUUCCAGUAACUGGAGAACAAGCAGUUCUGAUGGAAGAAGCACGAGCAGUAGCGGCGAAAACUUCGGCUCAACACUUAAUGCAAAUUCUGGUUUAGACACGCGGUACAACGAAGUGAACGAUCUAACAACACGUACAGAGUUAACUCAAGUGAACGAGAGUUUAAGAUGGGAUUUAACAGAUUGCGAUGACCCAGAUGAAGAAGAGGAGAGAUUAAGGAUUUAUAAAUUACACAGAAGAAAAAGAUACAUGGAUUUCUUUCAUAAACGAACUGGCGGCGAAGCGCAAAGUAGCCAGUUUUAUGGGUAGCGAAUUCGAUCGACAAUGUACAAAGCUUGUGAUUGUAAUCGAAAAUUAUUUAAAGUACCGAAUACGUUCGAAUCUCUCUCAAAGAGAAUUCAAUAUUGCUUGAUCAAUAAGCCAAAACUUGUUAUCGAAUUUCAACAUUUUUAGGAAAAGAUGGCUUAAAUAUUUAUGAACAAAGUUCGAAAGAACAAUUAGCGAGAAUCAGCUAAGCUAUUUAAUCCCCAAUUUAUUCACACUCGAAUAUCAACUUUUAAACCACGUAAAUAGUACAUUUGUUACUAUUUUGUACAUGAUUUCAACAAAACAGACCAACUCUCGCCUGCAGAGAUCUUUUACUUUAAAUCGAAAGUUACCUUACAUUGGCUUACAGAGAAUUACUGUAGUAGGUUUCAAAGGAGGAUUAAUUAGUAUACCCCAGACCUAGGAGAUUAUUUGUUUUACUGGACUUUUUAUUCCCAAGGGCUAGUUCGUGCGUGUACCACAAUUUCAUGUCCAUAACAUUUGUAAAUAUUGAAAAUAUUCUAGUGUCUUAAGAAGUGUUGAGUGAAUUAAUAAGAGUUAGUGCAAAGCGAU